GUUUCAUAUUGUAAACAUAAACAUUAAACAAUUUUAUACUAUUGAACGUAGUAAAUCUAGUAAUCUUAAUUCGAAUAUUCAAUUCACUAAAUCUAUAUCCAUUAUUUUUUAUAAAUUUCUAUUAUCUAUAUUAAUUACUAAUAUUAUUCUAUUAUAAGUACUACUUAUUAUUAAAUGUUGAUGUAAGUACUUAUUAGGUAUGUGUAAUUUUGGAUUGGUUGGACCUUCAACUAUUUACAGUGCAAUAUAUUAAUAAUCUAACGAUAGUACGUAUUAUUGUUAAUACAAACAAGAAUAUAUUGCUUCGAAAAUGGGUGACAUAGUCGAGGUUACUACAUCAGAUCAACUUGGUCUUGCUACUUAUGAACUAUCCACCUCUUCAUUAUUAUUUUACCUCAAAACUUCCGAACAUGGUGUUAUAUUUCUAUCAGAAACAUCUAAUGGAUAUGAAUACAAGAUUAACAUUAACAUAGAUGGGUACACUUGGUUUGAGUCAGCUGAUAAUUUUGACGAAUUAAACCGUAAACACACUCCAGAUUUGCUCUCUCAAGAUGAAUACAAGAAGUUUUGGAUGGCUUGGUAUAGUGGAUGUUUGCAGUUGGGCCUUGUGGGACAGAGUCCAAUCCUAGCGGAACAGUUCAUAGAUUGUGAUAAAAUAAAUUUUAUUACAGUUGAAAGUUCCAGUGAAGCACAUUGGAAACUUUUGCUACCACCUAAGACCACCAACCACCACCUGGAGACAUCAAUAGAAUAUCCAAUAUUUGACAGUGGAAAGCCUGUGUGGAAAGAAGCGAGUCAUCAGUUGCCUAUAAAUGCUGUAAUUGGAGGUUAUGAAAAUGAGACCUUAUACAUUAUUAGAUCAGAGCUAAGGGGUUCACUUACCCCAGGAAAGUUUGUACCGUCUCUGGGAAUAGGAUUCAUGCCAUGGGGUGGCACCUCCCAUGAAACAGCCAAUUUUUCUGUUUUAUGUGGUCAUGAUUAUUGCUGGCUUAGCACCAACCGCAAUUAUAUACCAAUGAAUGCAGUUGUAGGAGGAUAUUCCGAAGGUUCUCUCCGAGAAGUGUUGUACGUAGGAAGAGUCCGAAUAAAUGGUCAUGUUGUACCAGGCAAAGUACAACCUUCACACAAAGUCUGUUAUAUAGCGUACGAUGACCGAGAAAUCGCAUUUGAAGAAUAUGAAAUAUUAAUUCAUCCAAGUGCAGAAAACCGUACUGCUUGUAACGACCAUAUAUAUACUUUACCUACUUAAACAUAUUAGGCACUUUCCUUAAAUUAAUUAUUACGACAAAUUAAAUCAUAUUUAAUCUUUGUGAAUUUGUAUAUUUAGAUCAUCAGGGUUCCUAAAAAGGGCUUAUAUUGAAUAAUUGUUUUUGUAUUUUUUAUUAUAACCAUUUUAUUGAAUUUGUUAUAUGUAUUUAAUUCUUAAAUAAAUGUCAUAUUUCAUUAAUGUUUA